AUGGCUAGUCUACUCGAGUCGAUCUGCUACCCGCCUCCCGUUGAUCCGUUCGCUAAAUCUGAUCAUAUGACCUUGAGCGAAUACCUGUGGUUUUGCGAAAUACUACGCCAGCCGCACAAUAGGCCCCGACGUUAUAGAUUCCGCUCGAUGCGACCGCUAUACAUUCGAAUUGGCUCAUUCGAAAGCUUGGAGUGCCCGCGGGAGCCAGAAAGGAAGGCCUUCGGUUCGAGGAGAUCGACAGUAUCCAGGAUCGCCAGGAGCUCCGACGAAAAUAUAAGAACAUACUCUCAUCGUUGCGAUACCAAUGAGUGGGAAGCAUCAGCGCGACACCCUGUUCCAUUCUUGGAGCAAACGAUAAAUGGAGCAUGCGGCUUCUAUCCGAUCUUGCAUGCACUAUCCCACGGACCCCCAGCCUCGAUGCUUGGAUCGAACAGCUUCCUCACCGAUGUACUCGUAAUAUCAAACGAAAUGUCGCUCGCUCCUGACAACUACGCCCUCGCUUUGGAGCUCAACAAGCCUCUUGAGGAGGCGUACACGGAUAUUGCUAUACAGGGUGAUUCAGUCUUCGCCUCCGAAGAACCAGCAAUACGUUAUAUCUGCAUGGUAAAGUCCUUCGACGGCAAUCUAUAUCACCUGGAUGCCAAGCGAAAUCGUCCUGGCAACUUGGGUCCGUCGACCGAGAAUGUCCUCUCUGACAGGUGCCUGGAUCACGUCAAUCGUGUGAUUGAGGCAACGACUGGUAAAAAGCCCAUCACCAUGCUUGGGCUCAUAUCCGGGCAGAGAUCCAAAGAGCGGAAGCAGAAGCAAGUACCACAGCCCUAAGACCUACAGCAGCAAUAAAUGAAUGGGACGACUGUACAGUGCAACACAAGCUUCCUACGUCAUCUCAGGCUGUAGUAAUUGGAUUCUCGGUGGACAAUGCCACGGACACUAUCCCAGGAACUGAAACGAACAGUCGUAUGGCUCUACGGGCAUGUUUGUGACGGGACGGGCAUCUCGCCUAACCGUGUUGGUUUCAGGGGAAAUCAGAGAUGUGUACGAACGCAAAAGGCAUCCCUGUGAAGCUUACAACACAGUACCCU